AUGCGCCGCUCCAUUGUGGCUGUUUCGGCCGCGGUACUGGCUGGCUCGGCCAUUUUAGUGGCUGCUUCGGCCACGGUAGCAAUGUCAAGCUUGGAAACCGGGGCCAAAUUCAGAUGGCGUAGUUCGGGCAAAAAAUGGUGUAACAUGUUCCUCGUCUCAGAUGGCCAGCCAGAGCUAGGGUCAUGGUUGGAUGUGAAGCAGCAACCUUGGGGUGUUGGUUGUAAAGUGUGCAAGGAAACUCGGGUUUCCAAUCCUUUCGCUUCUUAUUCAAUGACCAAGAAGGGCCAACUGCAGAACUGCAAUUUGAUGAAGCACCAUAAAAGCAAGGCGCACAAGGCAGCGGUGAAGGAAUGGUUGAAGGAAGGGGGCUGUGUUGGUCCUAGUCCCGAUGCAGCCCUGGCAUUGAGUCAGUUUCAAGAGCUGAUGGAGUGCUUUGGCGAGAAAAGAUCAUUGACGCAAAAAGAGCUGCAAAUGGCAUGGUGUUUGGCAGAGGGGUUAAAAGCUUUGGACCAAACGUUCAUUGCGAAAUCUUCUCACAUUUCUUUGAUGCGGGAUGAGCGGCAUGUGCGGUUGGCCAUACGAUUCAUGGCUGUGGCCCCAGACUUGACAACUCGAAGUGGCUUUUUAGGAGCCACCUGGGUAUUUCAACUCACCCAAGCUGCUGCGGCCGAGGCUUCAGCCACAGAAGCUUGGCUGCUUCGGCCAAAUCGCCUGGCUGUUUCGGCCAGCAAGGGUUUCGAGAAGACAGACUUCGAUCCACGACUUUUCGCGAAGAUCAUUAUCGAUCUGACACCUCUGGACGGCCGCAUGGCUUGGGCAGCCUUGCGAAAUCGGAGCACCACCCCUGAGUCCAGCUUGUUUUCGUCAGCUUACAGUGAAGCCGUCGGUGGCAGUGGGCAGGCACCUAGGACAAUGGAGACAAGUGAUGUGGCUGCCUCGGCCAUAGACGAGACGACGUGGCUGCAUCGGCCAUACCACGGUUGCAUCGGCCGUGUGGCUGCCUCGGCCAUAGGCGACGAUGUGGCUGCGACAUAG